CUCUGUUCCGGGUUGCGUCCGGAUCUAAUCGGUUCCGACUUUAAGCACGCCGGAAGUCACGUGAUUUCAUUAAAAAUCUAGGCAUGCCUACUUCCGGCGUCUGUAGCAACGUACAGAAUAUCGUCUGCUACAUAUAGUAUGCCGUCGAACAAGCAUUGGUGCGCUGUACCCGAAUGUAAUUCAGACGGAAGGAAAAUAGGUAGAUAUGGUUUUAUGCAAAAUGUUCAGUUUUUCCCCUUUCCGAGCGGUGAAAAGAAGCCCAAACUGCGAAAACGAUGGCUUGACCAAAUCAUGAGAAAGGACUAUGAAGCAAAACAACACCACCGUGUUUGCUCGCUCCAUUUCAUUGACGGUAAACCAACUGAUGACCAUCCAGUCCCUACACUCUUUGGUAGAAACAAUUAUGGAAGACCCAAAUCAGAGAGGAAUACUUCUUCCAUUACAAAACGACAGGCUGCAGAGGAACUAGAAUCUGAUCCAUCCUAUGAAGAAAUUGACUGUCCAAGUGAAAUUGAUACAGUGUUUUCUCCUCCAUUUGUCUGUACUGUUGAGGUAGAAACAGAUGCAGUGGAUUUAUCUGAUGAUCAUUCAUGCUUCAUAUCUAAAGAUAUAUCAGAUGACCACCGCUACUCGGUGAGACAAACACUUAUAUCAGACAGUCACACAUCCAGAGAUGCUGCUGUCCAAACAGACUUGUCAAUGUUCGACAUACAAGACACUUCACAGAAACUUGAAGACCUGGAACAGAAAUUGGCAAAUAAGGAUACCCUUUUGAGGGAUUUAUUUGUUGAUAAGGUGACCAGAACAGAUGAAAGUGUAAUGCAAUAUACAGGCAUACCAUCAAAGGAUUUGCUUUUUGGACUGUUUGGAAUACUAAAUAGAUCUUCUCCAACUCUGAAGUACUGGUGUGGUCAAGGAGCUACUAAAGAGAUGCCCAGCUACCAAGAGAAUCCCCAGAAGCAAAAGAGUGGCCCAAAAAGGAAGCUUUCUCGGUUUGAGGAGUUCAUUUUGACUUUAGUAAAGCUCCGUCUGGCAUUGCUGACCUUUUUUUUAGCUGAUAUUUUUGGAAUCUCGAAAAGCAGAGUCUCCCAAACAUACAUCACUUGGAUUAACUUUAUGUUUGUCAUUUUCACUCCAUUAUUGAAGUGGCCUUCAUAUAAACAAGUGAAAAAGUUUAUGCCAAGAUGUUUCAAAUUACUUUUUCCAAAGACAACAUGUAUCAUUGAUUGUACAGAAUUUUUUAUUGAAAAACCAAGAUCACCAUCAGCACAAAGCUUAACAUAUAGUUCUUACAAACAAAGGAACACUUUCAAAGCUCUGAUCAGCAUUACUCCAUCUGGCUGUAUUAAUUUUGAGUCAAAUCUAUGGAGUGGUAACACAUCUGACAAAUACAUAACAAGAGAAAGUGGAUUUUUAGAUAACAUCAAACCUGGAGAUGAAGUUAUGGCAGACAGGGGUUUUUUGAUAAGGGAUUUAUUAUUGGAACAUCAUGCUACUUUGAAUAUCCCACCUUUUACUCGAAAAUGUUCUUGGGGUAAAGGCAAACGUCUCAAUGCUAGUGAAAUUAAGAAAACACGAAAUAUAGCCAAACUUCGAAUUCAUGUGGAGAGAGCGAUUGAACGACUGAAAAAUUUUCACAGUUUGUCAAACACUAUGCCCUUAAGUUGUAAGCCAGUUGCCAACCAGAUGUUGAAAGUGUGUUCUUUCCUUUGUAAUCUGCAGCGACCUUUAGUGAAAAAAUGAGUAUAACAAGUUUACCAUCAGUCAGUCUGUACCAGAACUACUACUGCAUCAAUUUCAUAUUACACCAUUUAAUUUAGCAACUACAUAUAAUUCAUUGUAUUAUACAGGUGUCAUCAUUUAUAAUACAAAUUGACAUUUUUGUUACUUGAAUUUUAUGAUUUAUAUAUCUGGACAUUUAAUCUUAGACAAGAAAACAUUCUGCUGAAACCAAUAUUAUGAGCAGAUUAAGCCAGUAUUAAAACUUUUAGAUGUUUUAUGGAUAUCAAGCUAUAAAAAUACUUCAAAAUUGACAUGGCAAGAAGCAAUUUAUUGAUUGGAUGGUUUUGAAUCAA